AUGUUGAUACCAUACGCGGCAUUGCUACUCGCGUCUGCGACCCUCUGCCAUGCCCUCGGAGAGCAGCGUUUCAUCUCAUUCGCCCCACCCGGAGUCAGUCUUCUCUCUGCUCCAAUCCUCGUAGAUGAAGGAGACUUCAAAGGAGUACAGAUAGCCGCCCAAUCGCUCUCCGAUGAUUUUCGCAAGGUCACCGGCAAGCCUGCCGGGGUGCAGAAUUAUACUAGUAAUGUUAACGCUUCGAUGGCGAUCAUUGUAGGUAGCUUAGGGCAAUCUGCCCUUGUGGAUGGGAUGGUGAAGGAGGGAAGGGUCAACGUAACAGGGCUGGAAGGUCAAUGGGAGUCAUUUGUGACGGCGAUAGUGCAGAAGCCUGUGAAAGGCGUGGACAAAGCCCUGGUAAUUGUGGGGAGCGAUAAAAGAGGGACCAUAUUUGGGGUCUAUACGCUUUCCGAGCAGAUUGGCGUUUCACCAUGGUAUUGGUGGGCAGACGUGGUUCCGCAGAAACGAAAAGAGAUAUAUGCGCUCCCCGUGAGAACUCAUCAUGGAGAACCCAGUAUUCGUUACCGGGGGAUCUUUAUUAAUGAUGAAUCUCCCUCUCUCACAUCCUUCGUGUUGGAUAAAUUUGGCCCGGUUUAUAAUACUGAGUUCUACAAGCAUGUUUUCGAGCUCCUUCUCCGGAUGAAGGCGAACUAUCUUUGGCCCGCCAUGUGGCCAAGCUACCCUGAACCUGGGAAUAGCUUCUUCGUCGACGAUCCACUGAAUCAGGCCACUGCAGAUGAAUAUGGAAUUGUCGUCUCUACCUCCCACCACGAACCCAUGCAGAGGGCAACAAAUGAAUGGCUUACCUCAGGCCAGGGCGCAUGGGAUUGGAAUAGUAACAAGGCUAAGAUUACCGAAUUUUUCCGAGUUGGAGCUGAGAGAGCAAAGGGUUUUGAAAGUUACUUCACCAUGGGAAUGAGAGGCGCGGGGGAUUCUGGGAUUAGUGGGUCAAAUCCAUUAGCAAUUCUAGAGGAAGUUAUUGCGACCCAGCGUGAUAUUCUGAAGGAAAAUGGAGAGGAGGAUGUCAAACAGGUUUGGGCGCUGUAUAAGGAAGUCCAGGCGUACUAUGAACAGGGCCUAGAGGUACCAGACGAUGUCACUUUGCUGUUUGCAGAUGACAAUUUUGGAACCAUUCGAAGACUUCCAACCGAAGCCGAGAAUGAACGUUCCGGUGGGAUCGGGGUUUAUUACCACCUCGAAUUUGUUGGCUCUCCCAGAAGUUAUAAGUGGAUGAACACAAACUCUUUAGGAAAAGUGUGGCAACAAUUGAACACCGCCUGGCUUCGAGGGGCGGACCAAAUAUGGGUGAUAAAUGUUGCCGAUAUUAAGCCUAUGGAAUUACCACUUUCUCUCAUCAUGACAAUGGCUUGGAACGGCAACUAUGUCACUAAAGAUUCGAUUCCAGAUUUCUUGGAGACUUAUGCAAGUCGUGAAUUUGGUACAGAAUACGCAAAGCCCAUAGCAAAUCUACUUCUGGGACACAGCCAUUUGGUGGGUUUGAGAAGACACGAGAGUAUCGAAGCCGAAACUUUUUCGAUUCUCAACUACAACGAAGCGGACAGAGUUCUUGGAGAAUGGAAGAAUCUUUCGGACACAGCCUCAGCGUUGUACUCGAAAAUUCCAGAUAUAUCGCAGGCCAAGAAUAGCGUUUAUGCCAGACAAAGGCGUAAUUCUGCCAAUAAAUUCGCCGAGAACGCUAUCGAGAGGUUCAACGAUGAUUUUGACUUGACGGAGGAGUACCACUCAUUGCUCGGCGGUAAGUGGAAUCACAUUAUGGGCCAAGCACAUUAUGGCUAUACCUCAGUUUUCCACCCGCCAUCAAGAGAUAUGAUCUCCGGUCUAUCUUAUGUGCAAGUCAGGCAGGACACCGUACCUGCACUUGGACAAAUGGGAGUUGGGGUGGAAGGAUUAGUCGGCGUUCGCCCUGGUCUUUUUAACGAAGGGAGUGAUCUCGCAAAGCCUUCAAGAGAUGACCUAGCGCCAGGCUUCCUACUACCUCCCAUUGACCCGUAUGGAGCCAACAGAUAUAUUGAAGUUUAUGCUCGAGGGACACCAAAAAUCCAAUGGUCUGUAAAGGCGCAGUACAGCUGGAUAAUCCUCACACCUUCAUCCGGCACCCUCACCUCCGACAGACCAGACCAAAGAAUUGAAAUUAGUGUAAAUUGGGCAGAUGUACCCAUCGACUUUAUCGGCAAAAACGCAUUGAUUUACGUUAAUUCGACACUCGGAGAUUAUGAGGAAGUCCGCCUCCCAGUUAACAACAGAAAUGUCCCUGGCGGAUUCAAUGGGUUUGUAGAGACAGAUGGCCACGUCUCAAUGGAAGCUGCGCAUUUCACCGCAUCUACACAGUCCCCUUUGAACAGCUCUUCUCCCCACUACGAAAUCCUGCCAUAUCUUGGUACCCGCACAAACUCCGGGGGUAUUGCCCUCUACCCAGUCACUGCACCUAGCCAAAGUCCUCCAGCAUCACCAUAUCUAGAUUAUUCCGUCUACUUUUUUUCGCAAAAGACGACUGUGAAUGUAACGCUUUACUUCACAACCACCCUUGACACUGAUCCAGUACGGCCGCUCAUGUACGCUGUUUCUUUUGAUCAAGAUGCGCCUGCGAAUACAACGAGGCUUUUGGCUCAACCAGCAACGGCGGGGGACCUGCCGUCGGGAUGGACUGAUGCUGCUAGAGAUGGUGUUUGGAGGAGGAGCCACACGUUUACGAGUUCGGGGGCGGGUCCGCACAGAAUCAGAUACUGGGCCUUGGAACCAGGCAUUAUACUAGAAAAGGUGCUAGUGGACCUUGGUGGUGUAAGAGGAGGAUAUUUGGGGCCGCCGGAGAGUAUGAAAAUCUGA